AGACACUGAUCAAUAUAGCUAUCCUCCGUACUUGUACAUGGUAAUGUAAAUCUUAGGGAAUGGUUUCUAAAAACAUUUCUGUAGCCAAUGAACAAAGGCUGAUCAAAUUAGGGUUGCUGACUCAGCAGAAAAAAUGUGGCGGGAAACCCAUGACAUCAUCGUCUCCCCUCAUUAUUUACGGUUGAUUUAUUGCUAACGAACUGAUCUGACCAGCCAUUGGAGUACAAAGGACGAGUAAUAUCCGAUAUCGACGCCCAUAAACAGAUAUUCGUUCCCUAUCCAUUCCGAACAACAGCAAGAAUAACAACCAUGUCCCGUCCAAUUCCCGUCACCAUAAUCACAGGAUUUCUCGGCGCGGGCAAAACAACCAUCCUGCUCAAUCUCGUCAAGCAAUUGCCCCCAGACUACCGGCUAGCACUCCUAAAAAAUGAAUUUGGAGACCUAGCCGUAGACUCACAGAUAGCCGCCGCGAACUCCAUCUCCGGUGUCCGCGAGCUCCUGAACGGAUGCAUCUGCUGCAACCUGGUGGGACAACUAGGCGACGCCCUCCUCCAACUCCGCGAUGAAGUAAAGCCAGACCGCAUCGUCAUCGAGACAAGCGGGAGCGCAUUCCCCGCCACGUUGGCGAUGGAAGUGAACCGCGUCGCGCGCGAGAAUAAUGGCCAAUUCGUCCUGGAUGGGGUCAUCAGCGUGAUUGACGUGGAGAAUUGGGAAGGGUAUGAUGACACAUCGUACACGGCGAAGUUACAGGCGAAGUACACGGAUUUGAUUAUUUUCAAUAAAUGGGAGGACGUGCCGGAGGAGCGGUUUGACAUGUGUUUGGACCGCGUGGCUGAUCUGGAGCUUGAUACUGCCUGGGUGAAAUCGACGAAGGGUUUGGUGGACAAGGAUGUCCUACUGGGGAUUGACGGGGCGUUGCUUGCCAAGGAGAUGUCGGAUCGCGGACAUGCAUCGCUGGAUUUGGUUUUGUUAAAUGGAGGCGAUAACACAGUGGCCAAGGAUGCUUAUGUGCAAGAGCAUAACCAUGGGCUUGGUGAGCCUGGGGAAAAUGAGCACCAAUCAGAAGUGGACGUGCUCUCCGUCUCGCUCACCAGCUCUCAGGAGUCUGAUACGGUGAAUCCGGAGGCAUUGACCACCCUCCUCCUCUCUGCGCCCAAGGAUGAGGUUUACAGGAUAAAAGCCAUUAUUCAAUUCCCGGCCGAUUCGCCUCCGGAAGACUCGUCAGGUGAGAAGGCUCAAGUGCCUACACCACAACCAACGCAGGAGGGAGACGUGAAUGUCAAUGGAGCUGCCCCUUCUGGCAGCGGAGCAGGUGGCAUCAAGACGCAGAAUUAUAUUCUUAACUGGGCCUUCGGCCGAUGGACAUAUACCCACUCCCCAGCCUCGAUAGACAACGCUUCUAAAAGCAGUGGUGACGGUGAAACAGCAGCAGCAGCGCCUCCCGAACAGGCCAUAAUUGCGCGUAUGACGCUUAUCCUUGCCAGGGGUGAAUCUCACAAGUGGUCGCGGAAGCUGGAGAGUGGCGGAUUGCUGGAGGUCGCAGGCGACUCUGGAGAGGAGAAAAGAGGUGAGGUGAAGGUGGAGCGUCUUGCUUGAUGUUUGGCGUAUACGGGUUUAUUGGGGAAAAGGGAGCGUGAAGAAGAGAAGAUGAUUGAUGUAAAUGCUGCGGUAUACCAUGCCAACCGCGCUAUUUUGCUAUAUGGAAUGUAUAUAUUUGUGUUUAUAGUAUUUUCUUUUGUUGGAGGCAGGGUACCUGCAUUUCACAACAUCUGGAUAGAUAAAAAGGAGGGGAAAGAAUGAAUAGGAAGACAUUGGAACUGGCAGAGAGUUGAGUACUAGCGCAGUCACCAAUCUUCCAGUGAUGAUCAAGGAUUUUGCUCUUUUACAAAUAUCAUUCCUCUACACACGCACUAUUUCAAAACAUCUAUGCAUCAUUAAAGCAUAAGAGAUUGAGUUGCAUGCUUUUCC